AUGUCCAUGUACAACCACUCCCAAGGCACAAUCCUCUUUCCGACCCUUCGCGCACUUUCCUUCCCCACCCACCAUUCCAUGCUUGACAUCACUCUCGAUGGGCCCACACCACGUGCAUUUACAUUCCCCAGUGCUGUCAAUGACACCAUUUCGAAUCACGAAAGCAGUGGCCCACCACUCACCCCUCCUGAGCCGAGUCCGUCCACACCUUCCACUUCACCCUCUCCCUUCGAGCCAGAACGUCCCAGAGGUACACCUUUGCAAUCAUCCACAGCAACGACUCAGUUCACUGCACCUCCCUUUUUGAGACGUGGUCAGAGCAUGCAAUGUGCAUGCACGGAUACGGCUUCGCCUGCAGCUCAAAUCAGCUCAUUCAACGCUGCAGUCCUCAACCCCGGUGCACCACUCUUCCUUGCUGCACACCGUCGCGGUGCAUCUAUCUCUUCUCUUCAAGUAUCUACUUAUGCUAACAAUCCCCUCCCAGUAGCAAGUCGCCCUCCCAACCUGUCUCACAAGCGCAAGCUCUGCAAUCCGCACAAUCUCACGACACUCACCGUACUCAUACGCAAUUCAACUUGCAGGGACGAGCGAAGACCAAAGCGUAGUGACAAAGACGACAUCGAUCGGCCCACGAUGCAUUCCUGCAUUCCUCCUUUGUGUCGCGAAUGUCGUUUACGAAAGAACGAGGCAGUGGCUGUAGUUAUGGCAGAAGGUGAUCCUGUCGCACGGCGUCAACGUCAAGCAGACCUGUCCAAGACAAUCUCGAAUAAAUAG